AUGUAUUUUAAAAUAUUAUUGUCCUUCUCAGUGAUGGCGGCUUCGUUUCCUUCUCCUUCUCCGGCUAACAACAAAUGGUAUUUUACCCGAGAGCAGAUCGAAAACAGCCCGUCUCGCCGUGCCGGGCUUGAUCCCGAUAAAGAAUUGUCAUACAGACAGCAAGCCGCCAAUCUACUCCAGGACAUGGGACAACGACUCAAUGUGUCCCAGCUAACCAUCAACACUGCCAUUGUGUACAUGCAUCGCUUCUAUAUGCUCCAGUCCUUCACUCGCUUCCACAGAAAUGUGAUCGCCCCCGCUACCUUGUUCCUGGCUGCAAAGGUAGAGGAGCAGCCCCGCAAGCUGGAGCACGUGAUUAAGGUGACCCAUGCGUGCCUCAACCCUCAGGACCCCUCGCCAGACACGAGGAGCGAUGCUUACCUGCAGCAAGCCCAAGACCUGGUCAUUCUUGAGAGCAUUAUACUCCAGACCCUGGCAUUUGAAAUUACAAUCGACCAUCCCCACACACAUGUUGUGAAGUGCACCCAGCUUGUCAGAGCAAGUAAGGACUUGGCUCAGACGUCAUACUUCAUGGCAACCAACAGCCUGCACUUGACCACCUUCUGCCUGCAGUACAGCCCCCCCAUUGUGGCCUGUGUGUGCAUCCAUCUGGCCUGCAAGUGGUCCAACUGGGAGAUCCCAGUCUCCACAGACAGCAAGCACUGGUGGGAGUACGUGGACCCCACCGUGACCCUUGAGCUGUUGGACGAGCUCACUCAUGAGUUCCUGCAGAUCCUGGAGAAGACACCGAGCCGUUUGAAACGUAUCCGAAACUGGAAGGCUGCAGGUCAGACGGUGAAGAAGCCCAAAGUGUCAGAGGAUGGGGAUCAGACAGAAGCCAUGAUGAACAUGAUCUCCAUGGCGUCGUCAGAGAGCACGCUGGCCGGCCUCAUGAGCCUCUCCGCCCCCUCGGGUGCAUCCACCUCCUCCUCCGCUGCCACCGCCCCCUCGCUGGCAGAGAAGGAGCGCGGUGCAGCGCCCGGCUCCCAGCACUGGCCACCUGGUGCCAAGGCCCAUGGGGGCCCGGAGCAGCAGAAGCAGCGGAACCACGAGCUGCCGCAGAGCACACAUGUGCCAGCCAAGGUGUCCCUGAGCGAGUACCGCGCCAAGCACGCCGAGGUGCUGGCAGCGCAAAAGCGCAAGCUGGAGAACAUGGAGGCCAGCGUGAAGCGAGAGUACGCCUCCGCCGCCCAGGCCCUGAUUGGCCAGCAGAGGAGGGAGAAGCAGCACCAGCAGCAGCAGCUGUCCGGGUCACAUGGCUCAGGCAGCGCCACUGGCGACCCUGGCAACCCCUCACCCAUCGUCCUCAAGAUCCCCCUGGAGAAGGAGAGGCAGGACCGCAACUUGCUAAAGGUGCGGCUGCCGCUGGGGGGUGGUGCGGGGGCUGGAGGAGGAGGUGACAGCGGGGGAGGGGGUAGCCGGGGGCAGGAGGACUUCAAGGUGCGGAUACGAGUGCCCGAAAGGCGAGUGGGUUCAGCCGAAGAGGGCAAAAGCAGGGACAAGCACAGGGAGCGUUCCAACCACCACCAUCACCACCACCACCACCAUCACCACCACUCAUCCUCCAGUGGUGGCUCUUCAUCCUCUUCCUCGUCCUCCCACAAACACUCGGCCAGCGUGAGUGGAGCAGUGGGGGCAAGCAAAAAAGCAUCGGGGGACUCCCGAACAAGCUCGUCAUUGUCGUCUUCCUCCUCCUCGCGAAAGAGGCCCCAUUCCCAGGAGCCUUCUCCAGCCAUCCACCCUUCCAAAACCAGCAAAUCCUCCAGGAACUCCUACCAGCACCCAACUAUGCCAGGUCCUGCCAGCCACACCAUGGGCCUUGGUCAUGACAGCCACAGCCUGCCGUCUGUCGGCCUGUCUCAUCACCAGGGCUCCUACUCCCACAGCAAGAUGGACAAGGCUGACACCAACGGCCACAAUGCAGCGGGGGGUAGCCAGUCCAACGAGUAUCAGGACACAUUUGAUAUGUUAAACUCACUGCUGAGUGCCCAAGGGGUGCAGCCUUCACAGGGCUCCAUGUUUGACUACCGCACUCAGUACGGGGAGUACCCCAGAUACCCCAGCGGGUCACGAGGGGGCUCCUCCCGACCCCCACCACUCCCCACAGAACCCCCUCCCCCUCUGCCUCCACUCCCUAAAUGAAGACUUGAACGCUUGCUUUGGGGGGAAGCUGACAGAAUCCACCCACUGGAGCAGCCAGCAUUGUCACAAGCCGAAGCUUGGUGCAUGCCCCUCUCUCCUUCUCUUUUUGUUAGUAGUCAUCUUAUGUGAUUCUCAGCUUGACAGCAGAGUAAUGUACCACUUACAUCAUAGUGUGGUUUUUAGUAUCAUGUUUCACCACCCUCUUUUUUUUUUUUUUUUUUCCCCCAAAUACUGGGUUUAUUUAGCUGCUUCUACCCUUGCUAUUUUAG